AUGUCCAACAUUGCUGUCGCCGGCGGCCAUGGCAACGUGGGCCGCACCCUUGUGGAGGUCCUGUGCGUCUCGCUUUCCGAGAUCACCGUUUUUGCUCUGGGCCGCAAGACGCCCGAGGACGCCGCCCGCAAAGAGUUGUCGUUGGCGGUCGACUACUCGGACGUCGCGGCCACGACCAAGACGCUGGCCGACAACAACAUUGGCACAGUUAUCAGCGCCAUCAGCGUGAUGGAGGCCACCAGCAGCGCCGCGCAGCUGUCGCUGAUCGAGGCGGCCGUCCAGUCGGGCACCGUCACGCGCUUUAUUGCCAGCGACUGGGGCAUGGAGCAUUCCACCGAUUCCUUCCUGUAUCCGUUCCGCCACGCCGCCAUCGAGGCCCUCGCCAAGACGUCGCUCCAGUACACGACCGUCGUCAACGGCUACUUCCUCGACUUCUACGGCCUCCCCCACGUCAAGUCCUACCUGCCGCCCCUGGGCUUUGCCAUUGACGUCAAGAACAAGGUCGCCGGCAUCCCCGGCACGGGCGACGACACCAUCGCCGUCACGUACAGCUUCGACGUCGCCGCGUUUGUCGCCCGGCUGCUGUCGCUCGACACCUGGGCGCCCACGACGUACCUGUACGGUGACCGCCUCACCCUGAACGAGCUGCUCGCGCUGGCCGAGGCGGCGCGCGGCGCCCAGUUUGCCGUGUCGCACGACUCGCCCGCGUCGCUGGCCAAGAACGAAAUCACCGAGCUGCCCUUGCACACCGCCUUUUACAAGAUGAUGCCCAAGCCGGCAGUGCAGGGCAUGAUGGCCAUGUUUGGGCGGUGGGUGGUGGAGGGGCGGUUCGACGUGCCGGUCGAGAAGACGCUCAACGUCCAGUUUCCCGAGGUCAAGACGUCCUCGGCGGCCGAGAUUGUGGGCAAGUGGAAGGGCCACUAG